CUGCCUUGCCGUGUCCUCCUCUUCCUCCUGUCGGUGGCGAUCUCUGCGGAAACCCGAGCUUCGUCCAAGCCGGGCAGUAGUGCGCGCCGCCUGGGCGUAAUUAUGGAUUCUUUUGAGGGCUCUGAUCAUAUAACUCAAAGAAAGGUUGUUCCUGCAAAACAUAUUGCAUUGGUUGAUGGAAAGAAUGAGCCUGCUGUAGAGGGGUUGCCUAAUGGUUGGCUGAAAGAAUGCAGGCCUAGAAAGAACCGAUAUGGAUCCAGAGUCAAGAGUGACACGUUCUAUAUUGAUCCAAUCAAUGGAUACGAAUUUCACUCUCUCAAGGAUGUACACCGCUAUCUUGAAUCUGGAGACAUCAGUAAAUGUAUUAGAUUGCCAAACAAGAGAAAAAUUGAGGACCUGCAUACUAAAGAGGACCAAUCUCAUCAUACAGGAAAACUAUCAGAUCAUACCCAGCUGGAUACUGCUGAUGAGUCUAAUCGAUAUGAUCUACCGGAAGGUACCAAUGCACUGGGAUAUGCUCUGCAAAAUCCAGAAAGCGGAGAGAAUAAUGAAAACAUUGCACUGUCCAAGCCUGACAAUAUAAGCUCAAUCCAAAUUGAAGCUGGUCAGGUUGAAGCUACAGAAGAUAAGAGCAUCCAAUCAGGCUCUAUAGAAUACACUCCAGGGGAAGCUAAAUCUGUCACUAGGAAAGGAAUAGAUGUGAAGGAGAAACCGAAGGGGAAAAAGUACAAAACUAAACAUGCCAAAGGGAUUGCUAUACCUCUUAGAUCGUCACCUCGUUUAGCUGCACUGAAGAUUAGCCAGGAAGCAAAUAAUGCAACCAGAGAUGGACAUAUUGGCACACAGACAGACACCAAUAACGUGCCAGAACCAAAGCAAGUCGAAAAACCCAGGCGAAAGACGAAUUCUUCUGUAAUUCCUGAGAGGAAAGAUGGGGAACCUACCAGGAGUUGUGCAGAAACCCUUCCUUCACUUCCCAAUCAGAUACAGGGAGCAUCAUUCCCACAGUCUUCAGGAGAUGCUGGAUGCCAGGAUGCACCAGCCGAGGCACCUGUUCUGCGACAACAAGCAGGAGCAGGACAAGGCGAAACAUCUGAUGGUUUGCCUGGAUCUGCCCUGACGUCGCUGUUUCAACAUGUCUGGUCAGACCCGUGCCUUGUGUUCGCGUUCAGGACUCUCCUGGGUGAUAUCCCUGUUCUUGAUGACGCUCGAGCAUAUCGGUCUUCGGCUUAUGAUGGUAACAGAGACUACUACCUUCCACCACAGAACAUGAAUAAAAAUGCUGCAGCCAACUGGUCCGCUCUGGCUUAUGAUAGUAACAGAAACCACGCGCAAGUCGACCAUGUUAUGCCGAGGACAUCAGAUACGUUCUACAGCAGUGGUUGGUUCCCUCCCCAGUGAAUUCAAUCUAGGAAAUAUGAAAGCAAUUUCUUACCUGGCAAAGGACAAAUCAGAAGCAAGGAUGCAUGUUGCAAGCAAGACUGCAGCUCGUUGUAAUUGUGUAGACGAUCCAUAACUAAUAGUCUAAUGUAGCUAUCACAUGCUACCGUGCGCCAUCAGCAUCAGUCUAAUUCACAGGAAGCUGUCUGGUGGUAGACUUGGCAAUACUUUCUGUUGUUUGUGUUUUUGUAGUACCAACUUGAUCAUGCAUUCACUUGUUGCAUUGUUACGUGUUAGAGCAGCCUCAAUAGUCAAUAUCCCAGGAAGUGAUCUGGGCUGUACUUUGUCUAUGAGCAUCCACUUGUGUAUUACUACUUGUAACUUGGUAGACUUUCAACGUGCAUCGUGGCAUCGGACUAAGUUGUACCAAUGUGUUUGUUUCGAAAUAAGGUAGUCCAUCAUCUUUCU